AUGUUCAAACAUCUUUGCGCAUUUCAACAGAUCCCACCUGCGUUCUUGUCAUGCCUCUAUUCCUUCCGAACCUCACUCUCACUAUACGAGUGGUGCAAUCUUCCCCUCUUCUCCGACAAUAACACACUACUUUCCAGAAAUGAACAUACCCUUCCUGUUCAACAACUCGGGCGCUCAGGGCGCGAAAUCAGAUUCUCAUUUGUUCUCCGGUCCGUUGAGAAGUCCAACUCAAUCACAACAAAAACCUCUCCAUCCUGGGCAAUUCGUCAACUCGCCGUUUACCACUCCUUUGAUGUUGUUAGUGGACAAGCAUUCUGGUUGACCUGCAAAGGAAACUCCGUGAAUGAGGACCAAUUCAAAGAUGCCUUGACUGAGGACGAAUUCCUACACUCAACUAAUCUACAAACUGUCCCCGAGAUGUUUUCAGCUUCCGUUGACAUGCUGGCCCUGAUACUUGACUGGUGCGACGACGAUUGGCGAUACUACAUUAAUGAGAUCGUUGACGAGGUCAGUAAGAAAGCCGGCAAGGCUCGAACCGUUGCUAUUACGGAUAAGCCCGAUUUUGAAAAGAUUAAAAGACUAGUCACCGGGUUUCAAGAUCUUCCAACUAAUUCGCUAUCUCGUGCGCCAACAUUGGAAUCUGGCAUUGGACUACGGAACUUAGCGAGAGCGGUAUCUUUCAAUCGCCCAAGGCAGACCCAGGGUAGUCCUCUUCGGUUUGAGGACGAUAUUGAGAAGCUCGAGACACUCAAGAUAUUCUCAUUUGACGAGCUUCAAACGCUACAGGCUUCUCUUGAGAAGAUCCAAGAGGCUCUUCUAAUUUUGAAGCUUAACAACCAGGUCAUCAUGCAGAUCCGAGAACACUAUCAGAGCUUAAUGAACCAAUAUCGUAUUCCUGAGAUGGAAUAUAUUCAAGCACACUGCAAAAAUACCGUUCUUCAGUACUGUCGUCGUUCCAGAGACGUGGAAGCCAAUAUUACAGCUCGACAAGAACAGUUGACUUCGCUGCUACUACUCGUCAAGGAGAGCAAAGACAUGUAUAAUGGGAUUCUUCAGUACAAGAGUUUCCAGAUUAACAAGAUCUACGCCGAGAGCGCUCAGCUAUCGGCGCGAAAGAUGGAAGAUAUUGCCGACAGGACCAAACAAGAAACAACUUCAAUGCAUUUCAUCGCUCUCAUCACUAUGAUCUUCCUCCCUGGAACAUUUGUUGCGUCCUUUUUCCAGAGUGGUAUACUUGAGUGGCCUCCAUUGAGUCCCAGCGAGCCGUGGACGCUCAACGGAAAGAUAUUCGGUCUCUUUAUUGGCAUCUCCGUCGCUCUCACUCUUUUCAUAAUUCUUAUUUGGAUGUACAUGAGACGGCAGCCUAAGAUAGUGGCUUGA